CCGCCCCCUUGUCUGUCAUUGGCUGUCUGGGCGCCUCCUCCUCGCUGCCAAGGGAAGUUUCUCUGCAGUGGCGGUCCGCAUUUCACUGAUGACCACCCUGAGUGUCUGAGUGUGUGUGUUUGUCCCUGUGUGUGCCUGUGCUGGCAUGUGGUACAGAAUGGAGGAUAGGGGUAGCGGGGGGGAACAGUUCACGCUGAGGAUGAUGAGGAUGGGCUUCCCUCAGCCGUCGCAGGCUCAGGUCAGUGCAUGUGUGUUUUAAAAGGAUGACGGCUUCCUGUUGCAGCCUCAGCUGUCUGCGUGUGUGUGUCUGUGUGUGUGUGUGUGUGUGUGUGUCCAUUGUCCCACUAUCUGGCUGGGGAGUGAUGCAAUGUGCGUGUGCACCCGAUCAUUGUGAGUCCUCAUCUGUCUUCUCACAUAAUAAUUUGUCAGAAUGUAAACAUUUGCAAAAGUUUGCUGACCAUAUUUGGGCAAAGGGGUGGAGCCAGCCUGCUGGUGAUGUCACCCUCUUUUAGUCCAUGGUGGUUUGCGUCCUCUCCCGAUGCGAUUUAUCUUCUUACCUGUGGCCGCCAUCCUUCCCCCGCUCACUCCUGACGUUCCAUCAUCACAUCCGACGAGACGCUAAUCCAAACAACGGGAUUAGCGGCCCGUUUUAACCUCAUUCCUCGAUAAAAGUGAGCGCCAGGAGGGAGACAAAGUGAGCCCCGGGCUCCAGACUGAGUGUUAGCCAUGUUGGGUCAGGCCCAGUCGACCACCAGCACGCUGCAGCUGGUUGCCAACGACAUGAGCGGCAUCAUGGAGACGCUGGAUGCCCGUGAGCUGGACACGGACGACAGCCACUAUCACACCACUGAUGCCGGAGUACCAGCAAAGACUUUGCCCUUCAUGGCUGUCUACAACACGGUGGGCUUCAAGGAGAGCAAGGCCGACGUCUUCCUGUCCUCGCCCAUCACCGCCAAGAUCCUGGAGGUGGAGCGCUUCACGUCAGCCCAGGACCGCUUCAACGUGAGCCAGCAGCGGAGCGUCAGCAAGUCCAUGCCUGCCGUGUACAAGAUCGAAAUGAAGCACGGCGAGUUCACAUGGUUGGUGAAGAAGAAGGAGAAGCACUUCCUGGAUCUGCACCGAGACCUGCGCACCUACAAGGCCGUCAUGAGUCUGCCUCGGCUGACACGCAGCCACACCCUGAGGAGGCCGGCGGACGAGAGGGACAUUCCCAACCUGCCCAGAAGCGGUGGAGAGGAGCUGGUCAGAGAGGAGCAAGUAUCCAGCAGGAAGAAACAACUAGAAGAUUACCUCAACAAGCUCCUGAAGAUGCCCAUGUACCGGCACUACCCCGGCAUGAUGGAAUUCAUUGACGUCAGCCAGCUGUCAUUCAUCCACGAUCUGGGCCCAAAGGGCUUAGAAGGAAUGGUGCUGAAGCGAUCCGGCGGCCAUCGGAUUCCUGGCUUAAACUGCUGCGGUCAGAGCAAGAUGUGUUACCGCUGGUCCAAACGCUGGCUGGUGGUGAAGGACUCCUUCCUGCUGUACAUGAAGCCCGACUCGGGCGCCAUCUCCUUCGUGAUGCUCUUCGACAAGGAGUUCAGCAUCAAGAUGGACUCCAAGGACACGGAGACGCAGCACGGCGUGCGUGUGGACAGCCUCUCCAGGUCGCUGGUGCUCAAGUGCAGCAGCUACAGACACGCCCGCUGGUGGGGGCAGGCCAUCGAGGGCUUCGUGCACAAGCACGGCGGCGCCUUCCUCACCGACCACCGCUUCGGCUCCUUCGCCAUGCAGGAGGAGAACGUCCCGGCCAAAUGGUACGUGAAUGGGAAGACCUACAUGGAGGACGUGGCCAACGCUCUGGAGGAGGCCAAGGAGGAAAUCUUCAUCACAGACUGGUGGUUGAGUCCGGAGAUCUUCCUCAAGAGGCCCAUCGUGGAGGGAAACCGCUGGCGUUUGGAUCACGUGCUGAGACGUAAAGCGCAACAAGGAGUGCGUGUCUUCGUGAUGCUCUACAAGGAAGUGGAGCUGGCGCUGGGCAUCAACUCAGGCUACAGCAAGCGAACGCUCAUCCACCUUCACCCCAACAUCAAGGUGAUGCGUCACCCCAACCACGUCUCGUCCGCCGUCUACCUGUGGGCGCAUCACGAGAAGAUCAUCGUCAUUGAUCAAUCCGUGGCCUUUGUGGGCGGGAUCGACCUGGCGUAUGGCCGCUGGGAUGACCGAGAGCACCGACUGACGGACGUCGGGAGCGUGACCUUCUCGCACCAGGACCAGGCCGAGGAAUCUACCGCCAAUGCGACCGCUCAAGCCAACGGUAGUGGCGGCGUGUCCGGCGGCCACACGAACGCCGCAUUCUCGGCGGACGACACGGUGGUGCAACCAAAGCUCAAGGGUCAGGGAAGGAUGAGGAGGAUGAAGAUGAGCAUCAAGAGGCACCUGCAGAAACACGGCCUGUCUCACCCCGAUAGCGACGACGAGCUGGACGACGAAGACCGAAACGAGGCGGAGCGAAAUCUGCAGUCGGACGUUGGCGAUUUGUGUGGGAAUACUCGCUUCUGGCACGGAAAAGAUUACUGCAACUUUGUGCACAAGGACUGGAUAGAGCUGGAUAAACCUUUUGAUGAUUUCAUAGACCGACACAUCACUCCCAGAAUGCCCUGGCACGACAUCGCCUCCGUGGUUCACGGCAAAGCUGCCCGCGACGUCGCCAGACACUUCAUUCAGCGAUGGAACUUCACAAAGAUCGUGAAGCCCAAAUAUCGUUCCCUGUCCUUUCCGUACCUGCUGCCCAAGUCGCACACCUCCGCCGGAGAGCGGCGCUAUCAAGUCCCCGGAUGCACCACCACUAAAGUUCAGAUCCUUCGCUCGGCGUCGGAUUGGUCGGCCGGCAUCAAGUACCAUGAAGAGUCCAUCCACAACGCCUACGUGCACACCAUCGAGAACAGCCAGCAUUUCAUCUACAUAGAAAAUCAGUUCUUCAUCAGCUGCGCGGACAACAGGCACGUUUUCAACAAGAUCGGCGACGCCAUCGCCGAGCGUAUCAUCAAAGCGCACAGGGAAGGUAAAAAGUACCGCGUGUACGUGGUCACGCCUCUGCUGCCCGGCUUUGAGGGCGACAUCAGCACCGGAGGAGGCAGCGCCAUCCAGGCCAUCAUGCACUUUAACUACAGGACCAUGAACAGAGGCGACCAGUCCAUCAUCUCGCAGCUGAAAAGAGAGAUGGGAGACCAGUGGAUCAACUAUAUCUCCAUCGCCGGCCUGAGGACGCACUCCGAGCUGGAGGGGAAGCUGGUCACAGAGCUCAUUUACGUGCACAGCAAGAUGCUCAUCGCCGAUGACAACACCGUCAUCAUCGGCUCAGCCAACAUCAAUGACCGCAGCAUGCUGGGAAAGCGGGACAGCGAGGUGGCGGUGAUCGUGGAGGACUCGGAGACUGUGGCGUCGGUGAUGGACGGGAUGGAGUACCAAGCGGGACGCUUUGCUCUGCAGCUUCGCCUGGAGUGCUUCAAGACGAUUCUGGGCGCUCACACGGACACCACCAUCGACGUGUCGGACCCCAUCAGUGAUCAGUUCUACAAGGAGGUCUGGAUGAGCACGUGCGCUCGUAACGCCACCAUCUACCAGAGGGUUUUCCGAUGUCUACCAUCCAGCGACGUCCGAAACCUCCUUGAGCUGGAGAGCUACCUGGCCAAGCAGGGCCUGGACAAGGAGGACAUGGCCCGAGCUCGUGAAGAGCUGAAGAAGAUCCGCGGUUUUGUAGUGCAGUUCCCAUUGCAGUUCCUGUCCGAGCAGAACCUUCUCCCUCCCAUCGGCUCCAAAGAGGCCAUGAUGCCCAUGGAGGUGUGGACCUGAGCCCCCUCGUGUGUCUGACUCACAGGACUUCAUCCAAACUUUUUUUUUGCCCCCCCAAACCUCAUCUCACCGCUCAUUAACACCACGUCAGAUGAAAUAAUGACGUCCCUCCCGCUGCAAAACCAAGGCAGACGAGUGGAGAUGCUGAGUGACAUCAUCUCAACAGGUCGUCAUGGUGACGCAAGCAGCUUCUAAGCAGCAGUGAGGUGGUGAACGUCCUGCAGGCAGAAGAAUAGAUGAUGUGUGCAACGUCCAUGAGUAGGGAACGCCAGGAAGACACUACAAGCCUCAGCUCCCGCCUCCUGGCCACGCCCCUUGGCCACGCCUGCUUCUACGUGUGAUAUUUACAUCAAAUCCCAAGUGCCAAAUGUAUGAUAGACCUUCACUGCUGAUUCUGUGCUAUCCAUCCAACGACCACGUGACCAUUGGAACAUGGGCACUUGUGACGUGUUCAAGUGUCAUCUGCGGACUUGUGGUAUUUCUCCAAAACAUGUGAAGGCAGCAUGUUCCUUCGUGAUGAUAGUGGUCUGCAUGUACUCCUCUUCGGAGUCUUCCUCUCUACCUCGCUGUGCUCCUACCUCCCGUCGCAGCUUUUGUCGUGGAUUCCCUCGUCCUCUUAAAGUUGCCUUGAAACAGCAAGCAACAGCAGCAACAGGAAGUGAGUUCUCCGCAUGUGUCCCUCAACUCGUCAACACUGUGUCUCCACCAAAAUGCUAAGUUUGCACAGACUGUCGUGUUCAUGUGGCGAACGUGCUCGUGCAAAUAAAGAAAUAAUGAGGUU